GUUCGUACCGGCUCAAUUUGGAUCCCCCCCAGUCUCGAACCCUCCACGCCACGUCCCGGGCGGUCUUUUGGAUUGAAUCGGUGAUUCUCUGAUUUACGGCCUCCUUUCCACACAGUUGCCCAGAUGAAGAGGCUGCAGCUCCAACGAUGGAGCAGUUCGGUCCUUUCGGCGCAGGCCCGGACUGGUGGCCGCCUGCAGCACCGUCUCUACAAUGGCAUCCGGCACCAAUCGACCGCCUCCCCUGCUGCGCCGACUGCCAAUGAUCAAUUGAUCGAGGAAGAGCCGCUCGCAUCACCCAUCCACCCCCCUAACUCCCGACAAUCCAAGUACCAGCUCCCUUCUCCUCCCGUCGAGGCCGCACGCGAGUCCGCCAAACUUGCUGCGCUUCAUGCACGACUUUACCUCCCUUCACGAUUACCUCUCGAGACCCUUGCUCGCUCUCUUGUGGAUGCCUCGGCUGAUCCCAACCCGAAAUUUAACAAUGAUUCCUUGGCCACCCUCGGUCACGAUCUGUUGACCCACUACACCACCGAAUACCUCCUUUGCACGUAUCCCCGACUCCCCUUGACCGUCAUAUUCGCGGCCAUGUAUGCGUACGUCGGGCCAAAGACAUUGGAGGCAAUGGCGAGAGAAUGGGGUGUGGAAUUCGCGGCUGCUCCUGGUGGAGAGGUUGACCCUGGCUACUUACAAUUCAAGAGGAUGCUCCCGGGAACCGAACCGAAGCCCGUCACCGGCACAGCAAGGCCCCACGAGGACCAAAAACACUGGCGGAAGUCCAUCACUUCGAGUGUUGUUUACGAUAACGAAUUUGGAGACCCGGUCAAGGGGCCUAAGGAUCCCUCGGAACAGUCCAGACAGGACACCCCGAACCUCAAGGGCGUUUCUGCCGAACAGGCCAGCGCCACCUUUGUGCGUGCUGUGAUGGGUGCUAUCUAUCUGCACGCGGGUCGCCCUGCUGCCAAGCGUUUCUUCGAGCAGCAUUUCCUCUCCCGUCAUCUCAAUAUCUCCGACUUGUUCAAUUUCUCCCAACCCGCUCGGGACCUCUCUCGCCUGUGUGCUCGUGAGAACUUCGAGCAACCCGUUGCCCGGAUCAUUAGUGAGACCGGUCGCAAGAGCAGACACCCCGUGUUUGUCGUUGGCAUCUACUCUGGUCAGGAUAAGUUGGGCGAGGGCGCUGGCGCCAGUCUGCUCGAGGCUCGUUCCAGGGCUGCUGUCGCUGCCCUCAAGGGAUGGUACCUGUACAGUCCGCUGAACGUGCGGGUGCCUAGCUCGAUGGAGGAGGAGGGCGCUGCGCCCUGGAAGCCAGUGCACGUGGACCUGGGUGAGGUGAUUGUGUAGAGUGGGCAUGAGAUUUCGAACCGGCGUCACAUUAUCUGUUAUAGAUGUUGUCAAUGAGGGAUUGACAGCGAUGCGACAUUACAUACUGCUACCCAUCUAUUCACCAUUGCAAGGAUUUGUACAAUAUGGGAAAUCUAUUUCAUUCUUCUGAUGUUUUCUAUGUUCAUGUUAUCUGUUCUAAAUUCUUUCUUCUUGCUUCCUUUUGCCGACAUUCGAGACUGGCUAGAGAUGGAAUUGGGAAUUCCGCUGUUGGCAGACUAUACUUACUCUAGAUCAAAGUACAUAGAGCCAUGUACUGCGGAUUCAAUCGAUCUUACGC